AUUUGAGGAUUUGUAGUCUAAAGCAAGAAAAUACAUUUCAAGCAUUGCAAAAGCAGCAAGAACUAUGAAAUUAUAUCUCCAGGAAUUGUGCAGGGAAAUCUGUGAGUUUUUAUUUGCACAGUGACACAAUAGGUGUUGUUUUGGCUCUGUAGACAAGCACAUUCAAUUUGAAACAAUAAAACAAUGGAUAUUAAGGUAAAGUGUAGAUUUACCACUUGAAUUUGAUUCAUUUGGUAUUUACAUCCAUGUCCAGUGAUCUACUCUUCGUAUAUGCACAUUACAGCCCUAGUUCCUCCAUUUUAGGGGAGCAAAUAUAAUUGGACAAAUUAGCAUAAUCUGAAAUAAAGUCAUGAUAUUUAGUACUUUGCUGCAAAUCCUUUGACGGAAAUCAUCAUUAGACAUCACCAGAUUCUGGGAAGAUUCCCUGGUAAUGCUCUGUCAGAUGAUUGACUUGGACAGUCAAAGACAUUUCACUAUUUCAUCCUAAAAAACACCUUGGUUGCUUGCAGUGUGAUUGCGCUCAUUAUCCUGCUACAAGGUUAAGCGCUGUCCAAUAGGUUUUGAGGUAGGCUAUUUGGUUGGAUUUGAGCAGACAAGAUGCUUCUGUAUAUGUCCGCAUUCAUCCUGCUGCUGCCGUCAGCAGUCACAUAAUGAAUAAAGGCAGUUCUAGUGGCAGCCAUACAUGCCCAAGCCAUAACACUAACUGUGGGGGUCACAAGAAGUAAAUGUCUUUCUCCACCUCUCUCUUUCCAUCACUUUGGUACUGGCCCUGGACUGGAGGUGGCCCUCAGGUGCUGCACUGUGGCUGCCCACUGCCCCUAAGUACCCAAGUAGCAAAUUUUGUUAGUUUGUUGCCAGAUUGUCAUGUGCUUUUGACAUACUCUCCAGCAUUUAUUUCUGUCUGACUUCCCAUGUAUGGAGCCGUCUGUUCUGAUUUGUUUGUGCUUUUGGUUUUCUGAUUCUGUUUAUCCACCUGUUUCGAAUGCCUUAUUGUUUUCGACCCUCUCCCUGUGACCGCGACCAUUCUUUGGAUUACCUGUAUUAUUUCUGUUUGCCCGGAUCCCGGACCAUUGUUUGGUCUUUCGAUUACGAACUGCCUAAUCAACAUUAUACCCAUUUGGUGGUUUUCAACCCCCGCCUGUCUGAUCUGCUGCAAAGCUAAUAAAAACUUUAACUUGAACUUCUGUGGUCUUGCUAUUGGGUUUGUUGUUCUGGUGCCUGACAAAAAAAAAAAAACUCAAAUUGGAAUUAAAAUAUAUUGAGGGGAAAAUGAUAUGCUCUGUAUAACAAUAUUGUGUAUUUGUUACAGUUGUGUACAUUUUGUUAUGAGGCUACCCAGUGUAAUGUACCAUCAUAAUAAAUACUGAGCAGGUAGGUGUGCAUACAGUAUGUUUAUGUGUGUAUGGGCAUAUACCCAUGUGUCUGUGUGCGGGUGUGUGUGGGUGUAUGUUAUAUGAUUCCCUAACCAAUCACACACUGGAGGCAUUGUUGGGGAAGAACUAUAAACGCAGUGUGUGCUGGAGUGACAGAGGAGAUCAGUGGUCAGACUUGUUGGUCAGAGAGAGAGAGAGAGAGAGAGAGAGAGAGAGACGAAAAGAUGAAGACUUUAGCUGUUCUCGUCCUUUGUGCUGUGGUGUCUGUCUGUCUGUCUGUCAAAGGGCCAGCCCCUUCACCUGACAGACCAAAUAAUGAGGUGUUUGUGAAGAGGGACCUAGCCUCAGCGCUCAUGAGGCAGAAGAGAGCCCCUGCCAGAGCUCGUGCUGCCCCUGCCCUGACCCUCACCCAGCUGGAGAGUCUGAGAGAGGUGUGUGAGUUGAACUUGGCGUGUGAGCACAUGGCAGAGACAGCCGGAAUCGUGAGAGCCUACAAAGCCCAUUACGGACCAUUGCCCUUCUAGAGCGCUGAACCUUCAACCAAUCACCUUCAACUUCACGCUGUUCAACCAAUCACCUUCACCAUCUCCCCUGCUGAGGAGUUUUAAGACAAAUCCUUUCCACCGGGUGUUUUUAAUCAUAGAAACACGGGGAGAUACAUCACCUCCCGACACCUGAAACGCAAUAUUUUAUAUAGAGCAUUUCUUUUUUUUCCUUCCUAAACCACUAAGUAAGCUAAAUACCUUCAACUUGUGAUAUGGCUUAAUAAAAUUCAAAGGAGUCACAACUGAAACAAGUUUUUAAAAGAAGUUCUUAAAGAAUAAAGAAUAAAGUCAAGAACACGGCUACAGAACAAAACUUUGAGAGAGAAGGAGAGAGAGGGAGGGAGAAUGAGAUAGACCUAUAGGUAAACCAUAGAAAUAGACAGAGCACUAGAAGGAAAAUGAUAGGGCAUCAGGCAGAAGAGAGCAUUGAUCACUUAAAAUUAAAUUUGUUUAUGAUUCUGUAACCUUACACUUUCUUUGCUUUUCCAUUUUUUGUGGAUGCUUUUACCUCUCUGUGUGAACUUACUUUGUGGUAGAUCUUAAUAUUGCAUCAUUUGUAUCCUUAAUCUUUAGUUUAUCGGUAGGGUAAUAAAGUUCCCAUCAUUCACAA